AUGGGGUGUUUGGGGUGGGGGGGGGGUUGGGGGGGGUUGGUUGGUGUGGUUGUGUUGUUGUAUGUGGGGUGGUGGUGUUGGGGGGUGGGGUGUUUUGGGUGGUGGGGGUUGGGUGGUGUGUUUUGUAUGGGUGGUUGGGUGGUUGGUUUUGUUGAGGGGUUGUAUGGGUGUUUGGGUUUUAGGUGGGUUUGGUGGUGUUGUAUUUGGAAUGUGGAUGUGUGUUGGUUUUUGGUGUUGGUGUUUGGGGGGGAUUUGUGGUUUAUGUUUUGUUUUUUGGUUUGUGGAUGUUUUGGGGUGUGGGGGGGGGGGGUUGGGUUGUUUAUUAUUGGUUUUGGUGGGUUGUUGGGGGGUGUGGGGUUGUUUGGGGAGUUGUUGGUUUGGGUGUGGGUUGGGGGGUAUUUGGGGUGGUUGUUUGUUGGUUGGGGGGUUGGGGUGGGGUGGUUUUGGGGUUUGGGGUUGGGGGGGGGGUGUUUGGGUGGUGUGGUGUUUGGGGUUUGUGUGUGGGGGUUUUGGGGUGGGGGGUUGGUUUUUGGGGUUGGUUUGUUUUUGGUUGUGUGGGGUGGGGUUUUGGGGGGUGUGGGGUUUUGUGUUGAUGUGUUUGUGAGGUUGUUUGGGGGUGGGGGGGUGGAGUGUGGGUUUUGGGGUGGGUGUGUGUGGGGGGGUGGGUGUGGGGUGUUGGGUGUUGGGGUUGGGGUUUUGGGGGGUGUGGGGGUGGUGGUUUGUUUGGUGGUUUUGGGGGGUGUUUGGUGGGUGUGUGGUGGUUGGUGGGGGGGGGGUGUGGGGGGUGGUGGUGGGGUUGGUGUGGUGUUGGGGUGGUUGUGGUGGGUUGUGGUGGUGUGUUUUUUUUGUGGGGGUGUUGUGUUUGGGGUGUUGUGGUUGUGGGUUGUGGUGUGGUGGGGGGGGGUUUGUGGGUGGUGGGGUUUGUUGGGUGGGGGUGGUGUUGUUUGGUGGGGGGUGGUGGGGGUGGGGGGGUGUGUGUUGUGGUGGUGUGGGGGGGGGGGGGUGUGGGGGGGGGGUUGUGGGUGUUGUGGGUUUGGUGUUGGGGGGGGGUGGGGGGUGUUGUGUGGGUGUUUUGUUUUUGUUUGUUGGGUGGUGUGUGUGGUUGUUGUGUUGGGUUGGUGGUUUUGUUGGGGUUUGUUUGGUGUGUGUGGGGUGUUGUGGGGGUUGUUGGUUGGUUGGUGGUGUGUGUUUUGUGUGUUGGGGGUGGUUUGUGGUUUGGGUUGGGUUUGUGUGGUGGGGGGUGGGUUGUUUUUUUUGGUUAUUUUUUGGGUUGGGUGUGUGUGUGGGGGUUUGGUGAUGGUGGGGUAUAUUGUGUUUUUUGGGGUUGUGUUGAUUGGGUGGUUUGAGAGUGAUGUGGUGUGUUGGGGGGGGGGGGGGUAUUGUGGGUUGGUGGUGGGUGUUGGUUGGGGUGGGUGGUGGGUGGGGUGUUGGUGUUGGGGGGGUGGUGGGGAUGGGGGGGUUGGGUUUGGGGUGUGUUGUGGUGGGUGUGUAGUUGGGGGGGUUGGUGGUGGGUAUGUUAGGGGGGGGUUGUUUGGGUGUGGUGUAGGUGGGGUGGUGGGGGGUUGUUGUGGUGGGGGUGGUUGUGGUUGGGUUUUGUGGUGGUGUGGGGGUUUUUUUUGGUUGUGGUGGGGGUGUUUGGGGGGGUUGGGUUGGUUUUUUUUUGGUUGGGGGGGGGGGGGGGGUGGGGGGUGGUUGUUUGGGGUUGUUGUGUUUGGGGUUUUUGGGGGGGGGUGGUUGUGGUGGUGGGGGGGGUGGGGUGGGGGUGUAGGUUUGGUGGGGUGGUUGGGUUGGGUGGGUUGUGUGGGUUGGGUGGGGGGGGGGAUUUGUUGUGGUGAUGGUGGGGGGUGGUGGUGGGGGUUUGUGUGGGGGGGGGGGGGGGGGGGGGGGGUGGGGUUUAGUGGUGUUUGGUGUGUGAGGGGGGUGUUGGGGGGGGGGUGGGUGGUGUGUGUGUGGGGGUGGUGUGUUGUUGGGGUGGGGUGGGGUGUUUUGUGGGGUUUGUGGGGGGGGGGUGGGGGGGGGGGGGGGGGGGUUGGUGGGUGUUUGUGGGGGGGGGUGAGUUUGUUUUGGUGUUUUGUGUGUGUUGGUUUUGGGGGGUGUGUUUGGGGUUGGUUGGGUUUUAGGUGUAUUUUUUAUUGGUGGGGGGUGUUUGUUGUGGAUGGUGUGUUGUGGUUUUGGGGUGGUGUGUUGGGUGUUUGGGUUAGAGUGGGGGGUUUGUUUUGUGUGGUAGGGUUUGUGUGGUUGUUUGGGUUGAGGGUUGGGGGUUGUGGGGUUGGUGGGGUUGGGUGUGGGGGUGGGGGUGGUGUUGGUGGUUUUGUUUUGUGUUUGUGUUUGGGUGUUGUGUUUUGUGGGGUUGGUUUUUUUUUGUGGGGGGAUGUGGGGGGGGGGGUGGUGGUUUGGGGGGUUUGGGGGUGGGUGGUGUGGGGGUUGGGGUUUGUUGUGUGGUUGUGUGGGGGGGGUGGGGGUGGUUUGUGUGUUUGUUGGGUUGGUGGGGGUGGGGUGGUUGUGGUUGGUGGGGAGGUGGGGGGGAUGGGGGGGUGA